UCGCUCUCCCUCGCGCUGUGCUCGGCUGAGUCAGUCAGUCAGUCUGUCGGAGUCUGUCUUCGGAACAGGCUGAGCGAAGGGACUUYGGAGAGCCUGCUGCCUACUUAUUCUAUUUCCCCUCCCUGUCUCCCGCCCCACGUCUCUCUUCACCCCUCUCCCGCCCUUGCUCGCGUAGCCAUGGCGGAGUCGUCGGCGGCCACUCAGUCCCCGUCCAUCUCCUCGUCGUCCUCCGGGGCCGAUCCGUCCGCGGCCGGCGGUGGAGGGAGCCCGGGAGCCAGCCCCGCCCUGGGGGCGAAAAGCUGCGGCUCCUCUUGUGCGGAUUCCUUUGUUUCUUCCUCUUCCUCUCAGCCUGUAUCUCUAUUUUCGACCUCUAAAGUGCACGAUCUGAUUUUCUGGCGAGAUGUGAAGAAGACUGGGUUUGUCUUUGGCACCACACUGAUCAUGCUGCUGUCCCUGGCAGCCUUCAGUGUCAUCAGUGUGGUUUCUUACCUCAUCCUGGCCCUUCUCUCUGUCACCAUCAGCUUCAGAGUCUACAAGUCUGUCAUCCAAGCUGUACAGAAAUCAGAAGAAGGCCAUCCAUUCAAAGCCUACCUGGAUGUGGACAUUACACUGUCCUCAGAAGCUUUCCAUAAUUACAUGAAUGCUGCCAUGGUGCAUGUCAACAAGGCCCUAAAACUCAUCAUUCGUCUCUUUCUGGUGGAAGAUCUGGUCGACUCCUUGAAGCUGGCUGUCUUCAUGUGGCUGAUGACCUAUGUUGGUGCCGUUUUUAAUGGAAUCACCCUUCUGAUUCUUGCGGAGCUGCUCGUCUUCAGCGUCCCAAUUGUCUAUGAGAAGUACAAGACCCAGAUUGAUCACUAUGUUGGCAUCGUCCGGGAUCAAACCAAGUCAAUUGUUGAAAAGAUCCAAGCAAAACUCCCUGGAAUCACCAAAAAAAAGGCAGAAUAAACACAUGGAAACCAGAAAUGCAACAGUUACUAAAACACCACUUAAUAGUUAUAAUGAUGUUACUUGUACCAUGGAGGACAUGCUCAGUGUCAGCUUGAGCCUGCAUUCCAAGCUUAUUUUUAUUUUAAUUUGGUAUUUUCUCCCCUCCUUUCCCUUUACCCUCAGUAUCAAGCACAAGAAACAGUGGACUGAACAAAAAGAACUGAUAUCUUAGAACCCAAAAGAAUAAAGAAAGAAUAAAAUUAAUAGGAUAAAUUAUACCUUAGUGGUGGUGGAGCUUUUUACCUGUAGCAUGAAAAGGGGAAAGAUUAGAAAAAGAGAAAGUAAAUGGUAGAAAAAUUUCUUGGGUCCUUCUAUUCAGUUUUCAAGGACUAGUUUUACACAACUCCCAUUAUAGUUUUGCCCUUAUUUUUAAGUUAAGAAAUAAUGAUUAACUUAUGAAGAAAUGGUUUGGGGACAGGAGGGGGAUGCCUUCCUUGGGUUGUUUGCAGCCCACCAAUCCCAUCUUCCYGCCCCACACUGUGAGCAGCUACUCUUAAUAUUCCUCUUCUUGACUUAAUGAUAUAACUUCCAGCUCUGAGUAACUUAUAGGUUGUAGUGAUAAUUCCUGUCUCCAGAAUGCCAUCUGAGAAAUAAGAGUAGAACAGAAAAGGGUGGGAAAGGGUGUGACAGGGGCACAGCAAUGGCCACCUCCCUCUGCCACUCACCCACAGGGAAGGAAGGGCUCCACCAGCUGGGAGCAUGGUGUCCACAUCAUCUCUUGGAUGCCAGUUCUGGGAGUUAAUUUGAGAACUCAUUCCUGAAUGUGCUUUCCCCUCUUUCCUGCCCACCCACCUCACCUCAAGUUUAAUAAAUAUGGUUGUACUUUUAUUAUUAUGAAAUAAAUGUCUGUACCUGCUGUA